AUGACUUCAUCGACUUUCUUCUUGAUCUGCGUUCAGGCUUUGCUAUUCCAGAAUGCCUACAGUCAAAUGGUUCAAUCCUUGGUGAACUACGGUAAUGUUUUGGGUAACACUGGUGCCGAUUUAACUCUGAUUGCUGCAGAUACUGGUGUAAGUGGACUCAGCGGGUACUUGAGAAAUGGUGGUGUUAAUAACAACGGCAUUGCUGUGAACACACUUGGUCUUGGUGUUAACAACCUUGGACUUGGUUUUGGUAAUGCUGGUUUAGCUGUAGCUGGAACAAACAACGUUAAUAGUAUUGGCUUUGGAAACACCGGUUUGGCCGUAGGUGGAUUGAACAAUGCUGGCUUAGGAAAUGCCGGUCUCGGAUAUGGUGCUGGUCUCGGCGUACAAAACGUGGCUGCUACGUCCCAGGUGCCCGUCACCGGCCCGUUCACCGCUACUGGCAACGCUGAGCUCGUGGUUGGAGGUGACUUUGGCGUCGGUGGCCAAGCGGUGGUCGGCGGUCAGAUCCCAGUGCUCGGUGCUGUUAGCUUUUCUGGUGCGAUACCCGCCAGUGGCGUCGUCUCCAUUGCUGGUAACUGUGGAUGCUCCAGUGUGCCUCUGUAA